GUCAUUGAAACAAUUGUAAUUAGAAUUACUUCUUCAGUGAUUUCCUGUAAGGUGAAUAUCAAUCUUAGAUAUCCACAAAUGAUUUGAAUUUGAUAUUGUGUGAUAACAUAGGACUGCCCGGAAAUGCGAUUCAUUGCAGAAUCAGUCUCUAUCAUAUUGAUAUUUCUUCACAAUUCUCUCCAAGACUGCAGAUCAUCAGCUGGUUUCACGACCUGUAGUAAUGAAUACUUACGAAGAAACAGUCCUAUACGAAUCAAUGAUUACAAGAACAUCCUAGAGUUCAAAAAAACUUCCUUGGAAGAAAUACCAACAGGUUCUUUCAAAUUACUACCAGAACUCACGAUGCUGUUCAUCAGCAACAGCGAUGUGAAAUAUUUAGAAGAAGGUUCCUUCGAUGGACUUUAUAACCUCAGAAAACUUUCGUUGUAUGGUAACAAGUUGAGCAUUAUCACGAAUGGGGUAUUCAGACACUGUAGGAAACUUGAGACUCUGGACUUGGGGAUGAACAAGAUUGAAGAAAUACAAGCAGACUCUUUCAAUGAUCUGGCUAACCUGAAGGACCUGAAUUUGGGGUUCAAUAAUUUACGAACUGUGCCUUCGAGUCUGAAUAUCUUGAGCCUAAGAUCUCUUAGGAUAUUGCACUUGAAUAACAAUCAACUGGAAACUAUCCAACCCAACAGUUUCAAUAACUUGAAUAGUUUGGAAAUUCUCAAUCUGAGUGAUAACAAAAUUAGCAGUCUUUCUGGAAACGCGUUCACGGGUCUUAUAACUCUACUGGAAUUGAACUUGGGAUCAAACGAUUUGAGAAGCUUAGAUCCUCAAAAUUUGACCCAAAAUUUGAGUAGAUUAAAAACCAUCAAAUUGUCCAUAAAUUCUUUCGAUUGUGAUCGUUUGAGAAACAUUAUUGAAAUGUUCGAAAAAAAAGGAGUGAAGGUGGCAAAAGGCCAUUCAAAAUCCAAAGAUACUAUUAAUGGAAUUGGAUGUUCAAAAACCUAAAUACCUAUAGUGAUAUGACGGAUUUUAAAUGCUUUCAAUCCAAAGAAUGUUUCGGAGGUGUUUCUAGAUAGGUACUAUAAACCUGUGGUACAGACUCAUAAUCCGAGCUCUCAUUCAUUUAUUUAUCGAAAGAUCCUCCAAAUUAGAAAUUUACAACUAAUAAUAAGAUUAGGCCUCAGAAAAAAAAUCGAUAUAUCGAUAUAUCGAAUAACUAUAUAUAAUUUCAAGAAAAUCGAUAUAUCUAUAUACACUCACCGGCAAAAUAAACCGGCCACCAAAAAAUCUGCCCAAAUUGUUCAGCCUGUAACUUUUUUAAUCCUUGUCCGAUUUUGGUGAAAUUUAGAUCAAAUCGUAGAUUGAUGUUCCGGAAUGUUAGCCUGGAUAUUAGUUUUCCUGAAAAGCUGAUGACUUGUUCAUUAUACAGGGAAAAACCAAAGUUACUCUUUCGCCCUAUACUUCUCAACGCCCUGUGGCAAAAUUACGUGAUUGAAUAUUGCUUCAUUAUACUUCGGAUAAAAGUGUGAUCCCUUCUCAACACAAAAGUUUUUGUUUCACGUCAAUAUCUUAUUUUUAAAAGAAGAUACGAGUGUUUUAAGGAAGUAUGGUGUUUUUUAACUUUUUUUUACCAAUAAUCAGAACUUACAUGAACUUAUUGAUUAACAACUUCCACCUUACUUUCUUAGCACUUACCGUAAAAUCAACUACAAAAAACAAACAAGAAGCAGACCUGUAGUCAAUAACGAGUAUGCUCUCCACGAUAUUGAAUUACAGCAUUCAACCGCAGUGGCAUCGAAUUGAUCAAAUUACUCAAGUAGCCUUGAAGAAUUGCCUAAAAUCCUCCUUGAAGGGCGAAUCGUAGCUCUUGAAGAGUAUCUGACAAAGCUGGGCGAAGGCGAAUGAGCCUCUAGAGGUCAUCCCUAAGAUAGGUAGAUAGGUUCUGAAUUAUUGUUCUUGAAAAUUAAAAAAAUCUAUACUCUCUGGAAACACUUGUAUAUUCUCUCAAAAAAGAGAUAUUGAUGUUAUUCAAGAACCGUUGUAUGAAGAAGGAACAAAAGAGGAUCACACUUCAAUUUGAAACAUGAUGAAGCAUUGAAGCAGCAGGUUGGAGAAUGGUUCUGAAUUAUUGUAAAUUAAGUUUUUAAAAAUCCAUACUCUCUUGAAACACUUGUAUCUUCCUUUAAAAAGUGGUUAUCGACGUGAAUAAAAAAUCAUCAUGUAGAGAAGAGAUCACUCUUCAAUCUAAAACAUAUAAUGAAGCUAAGUAAAACCACUCACCUUUCCCACAGGGCGUUAAGAAGUUAAGGGUGAAAAAGUAACUUUUGUUUUUCCUUGUAUAAUGAUCGAGUCAUCAGAUUUUCUUAGGAACUAAGAUUCAGGCUGACAUUUGGA